AUUAUAACUUAGGUUAGUUAUAUUAGUGUUCUGUGUCUGUUAGAACCUCCAAAAAUCGUGUUCAAUUUUAUUUAAGUUUUGUUGAUAUGGGAAUGAAGUAGAAAACGAAAAUGCAUUUAAUAUCAGAUAAUCCAAAAAAUAUUAGUAUUUCUAAAAUUGAAUCAUUGGUGGUGCAAGAGAAUGCUUUCAUAAAAAAAUUAUUCGCUGUUACUUGCAUGCCUUCAAGAAAUGAGGACGAAAAAGAAGAGAAAUAUGAAAGCAUGCAGAAGAAACAAAGUGCCAAUGAUAAAACUAGAGCAAAAUCUUUAACUGAAUUGCAGGAACGUUUGAAUCUCAUGAAGGGUAAAAAUAAUAUCAGCUAUAAAGACAAGAUGCUGAAGAAAGGAAUCAAAAACAAAUUGAAAAAAAAGACUAAGAGCAAUGAAAGAAAAAUGCAGAAGAAGCUUGUCGACAUUGGGAAAGUAAAAACUGAAGAAGUAAAACAAGAGGUCAAUGAAAAAGUAGCGAAACCUGUUUUCAACAGUGAAGGGAAAAUGGUGUUUUCCAAAUUUGACUUCUCUGAUAUAGGAAAUAAAGAAAAGAAAAAAGGUACAACUGAUCCAAAAAAAUUACUUAAAAAAUUAGAAAAACAACAAGAAAAAAUAGUCAACCUAAAAGAAAGUGGGGAUUUUGAAAGAGCCACUGAAGUGCAGGAAAAAACAGUAUGGAAAAAUGCUUUGGCUAAAGCUAGUGGUGAAAAAGUUAGGGAUGAUCCAUCUUUAUUGAAGAAAUCUAUCAAAAAAAGAGAACAAAAACAUAAAUCUAGUAAAAAGAAGUGGGAUGCUAGACAAGAAGCUGUAGAGAAAGGAAAGGAAGAGAGACAGAAAAAGAGACAAGAAAAUAUAGAUAAACGGAAGAAAACUAAGAAAAUUAAUAAGUUGAAAGCAGCUGCAAAGAAAGGCAAGGUCAUUCCUGGGUUUUAGUGAAUUAACUUCCAUAAUAUGUACCUAUUAUUGUUAAGGUUUAUUCAUUAAAGUAUUGAUUAUUUA